AUGGAGUUCACACUUGAACCAAAGGAAGCUGCUGGUGAGGGCAAGAAGAAGAAGGAAAGGAAGAGAGGAAGAUGGUGCAAGAAAGUGGAUCCCAUGGCAGAAUUUGAGAAGCACUCAUAUGAGGAAGAAGAAGAAGAAGAAGAAGAAGAGGAUGAUGAUGCACCAGCAUCAAAGUCUCAAAAGCUGAUGGGGGAUGCCAUCAAGUCUGGGGCUGCCCCUUCAAAGCCCAAGGCUGCCCCCAAAGCUUCUGCUCCAGCUCCAAAGACUUCAAACCCCAAGAGGAGCACAAGGAACAUCCCAGCUGCUGAAAAGAACAAGGCCCCAGCACAAGAAAAGAGAGAGAAAGCUAAGGCUGACAAAGCUGCAAAGAUGCCAAGUGUUGAAGAGGCGUCUCAAGUGUUUCUCAAGACCAAACAAGAUCAACUUGCAUAUCUGAUUCAAGCAACCUUGAGGAUUGAGAAGGGCUUGGCCACCCUGACUCAGAACCUAGAGAGCCUGGAAAGGAUCAUUGAGACUAAGUUCUAUGAUCUUGAUCUAAAAGUGACAGAGAUGCAGACAGCAGUUGAGCAGCUCCAGGAAGAAGCUGAGGAGAGGAAAGGGCAGGCUACCACAGAUGCCUUUCAGAGAGUGCCAAGAGAGGAUUAA